ACCUCAAUUUUAUUUGGGCAUGUUCUUUCGAGUAUUUUCUUAGGGCGGACAUCUUUGGUCCUUCACGCUUUCCGUAGAAGAGGAAGUGUUUUGGUAACUAAGGAAACUGAGCGGUUGGAUGAAAUAAUGGCGGAGAGGCGUUAAACAGUUUUGUGAAGCGUUUCAAACUGAUGGCCCUUCCGACUUUCUCGGCCCGCGGUCCCAGUCGGUCGCGAAUGCUAGCCGAGCAGCUGGCCCGGCAGCGGGAGCAGGAGGCUCGAUGGCGCCAGCAAUGGGAGUUGCAUGCUCGUUACUUCAGGGAGCAGGGUGUCCGCAGCCGGAGGCAGGUGGCUUGGAGCUCCCGUGACUCCUUCCAGCAGAGUAUGUCAGCAUACCAUAAAGAGAGACUAAAGGAGGAAAAGAAAGCCAAGCUAGAGCAGCGCCGAGACCGGCUCAGGGCCAUGCUUCAAGAAGAGCGAGACCGACUGGAGGCAGAACUUCGGGAUCUAGUUCCUGAGAGGAGCCAAAUGGUGAGCCAGUGGAAGGAAAAAGCUGAAGAGCUUCAAAAAGCCAGAGAGGAGAGAAGGAAAAAGGUUGCACAGGAACUUCUGAAAGAGCACUGGAAGAGAAACAGCCCAGACCUGCGUGAGUUUGAGUCAGCAUUGCAUAAGGAUCACGUGGUCAGCCAGUGGCAGGAGCAGAUAUCUGAGAAGAAACAGAAAGAAGUGUGGGAGCGGGAGGAGAAGACACGCUUUGAAAAUGAGUAUGAGAGGAGUCGCAAAGAAGCACUGGAGAGGAUAAGGCAAGCAGAGGAGGGGAAGAGAGAAGAGGAGCGGAAGAGGGCAGAAGAGCUCCGUAAACAGAUGGAGGAACUGAAAAUGAGGGAGGAGGAGGCCACCCGUCUGAAGGAGGAGCAGAAGGCGUUGCUGGUCAAGAAAUGGGAGCUGGAGAAGAUGGAGGAGGAAAGGAAGAAGACAGAGGAAUGGCAAAAGAAACAUGAAAUUGGGCAUUUCCUGGUUCGUCAGUAUCGCGCUCAGCUGAAGAGGAGAGCCCAGCAAAUCCAGGAGGAACUGGAGGUCGACCGGAAGAUUCUGGCAGCUUUGCUGGAACAGGAGGAGGAGGACAAAAGAUGGCAGACGGCGAGAAGGGAGAGAGCUGUUGCUGACGCUGCCUGGAUGAAACAUGUGAUAGAAGAGCAACUUGACCUGGAGCGUAAGAGGGAGGCUGAGUUUGAUGUCCUGUACAGAGAAGAAGCUCAGCGUGUAUGGGAGAAACGUGAGGCCCAAUGGGAGAAGGAGAAGAAGGCCAGAGAGCGACUCAUGCAGGAGGUGCUUGUGGGGAGGCAGCAGCAACUGGAGCUAAAAAUGUUGAAGAACCGGGAAGCUCAAGAGGAAUCGCUGAAGAGACGGGAGGAGCUGAUCCAGGAGCUGGAGCUGGAGAGGAAUCUCAGAUGCCUGGAAAAAGAGACGGAGCAGAGCUGUAGGACAGCGAGGAUGCAAGAGCUGAAGGCCCAGGUGGAACAGAAACACCAAGAGCAGUGGGAGGAGCAGUGCAGGAUACAGCAGGAGGAAGAGGAGGAAAGGAAGGCUCUUGAAAUCCAAGAUGGAGACCUGAAGCUUGAGAUGCAGAAGAUAGCUGAGGAAGGUUAUCAACAAAAGAUUCACAGCAGACCUCGAUCAGCCUGGACGUAACCAACAUGGAAGGGCAAACUCCUAAUGAACUGGGAUGCUGCAUCUUAUACAUCUCUGCACUUCGGUCGAGCACAGGAUGGGACGUUACUUGGAAGAGAUUUCAAUACGAAAAUGAAUUCAGAAGAUAAACACUGGGUUGUUCAGGAAUACAGGAAACAUCUAGAGUUCUAGCCCAUAUGUUGCACGUUGAAAACAAAACCAGGAGAGAUGGGGUGGAGCGAAACACACGUCUUAUGUGAUUAUAAGCUGAAUGAAACAGCUGCAAGACAAUAUGGAGCCUGUUGAAAGAAACCAACCUGUUGGAACAUUAAAUACUAAAAGAUCUGCCUGCUGGUGAGAAAAAACAGCUUGGCCCCUAAAGAUGUCUAACUCGCUUUCAUUGACUAGACAAACAGGCACAGAUAAGCAGUUUCAACAAGUGCACUGCAGACAGGGAUACACUUGGACAGCUGACAAAACAUACAAAUUUACAUUGAAGCAAGCAAUAAUAUUGCAGAGCUAUGAAAGUGUGUCUGAACAAUGAAUGGAAAUUAAUUUAAUGGUCAGUUAUUAAUAUUGAAAUUGAAGGGAAGAUGUUGUUUAUUACAUACAGGGUUCCUACACUGUCUUUGAAAAUCUAUAUUUAAUUUCAGUGUUUUCCAGAUCUGGACAAGUGUGAAAAAAAGACAAAAGGGGUGAAAAUGUAUUUCCAGACUUUUAUGUAGUUUUUUUUGCAAUAUCUGAAUUUACUUCAGCCUCAUGCCAUAAUUAUGUCUGGUUUUUCUUCAUAUAUAAAGCCAGGUCUUGAGUUUAUCAUUUUAGUCUUUGCUGCUUUGGAAACCACAAGCGCAGACAGACACUACCUCGGGUGGUGGAACAUGAUGACAGAAGUGAAUGCUGGGAGUUUGAGACCAUAAAUGUAUCAGGAAAACAGCAAAGAAGUGGUGUUUUUAAUUUACUGUCUUUUUUCUGUCCUUCCUUACAGUCUGCAUCAUAUUGUAGAACCAGAGGCCCUAAAAAUCUUGAAAGUAGGAAACAAUAUUAAAUCUUAAUAUUUCCAUGGAUUUUCAAAGCGGAUCAGUAAUUUUAAAACACACUUUUCUGAAAUAGACCCAUUUAUGAUACACCCAAUAAAACAGGGAGGUACUACUAUAAAGGAUGUCAGUUUGUUGUCUGAAACUCUCUUAAGGUGAUCAUAGAAAACGUUUCUUGAGAGGAAAUACCAUUUUAACUGGAUAUGGCCAGUAGGUGGCAUAGUGAGCACUUUUACUACAAAGAUCAUCUUUGGAGAAAACAUGGGAGUAUGGCAGUAAACACGGUCUCUUUUUUUGCUCCAGGAUUAUGAAACAAUAGGAAUCUUGGAUUAAAAAAGGGGGAAACAAUCCAAAGCUGAGGGAACUGUGCAGACAGUUCUUGUCACAGCUAGGAUAGAUAGCUCAAGCACGUUUGACAGGCAAACCAUCAGGGUGACAGCGGGUGUUGUUUGUGAGCAUAACGUUUUAUCAGGUUUCUUUCUGUUGUUGAUAAUUAGCUGGACCAGCAACUGUUUUUACUCCGUCUCUGAGCAAAAUAAAGAUGGAGAUUUUUUACUGCAGAAUUAUUUCUGCUGUACAUUCAGGAGGAACCUUUGCAUUUAUACAUUUAAAAACAGACAGCAAAGACCAAGAAAUCAGAAAAUAUUUAGUCUGGAAAAGUAUAGAGUUUUACAGUGUAUAGGAACCCUGAAUAUAGCAAAACAAGUUUUGUACAGCUUUUGUUGAUCUGUUUUAGCAUGCAGUCAAAUGUGCUUCAUCCUUUUCGUUUUGGCUACUUUGAGCUGAGUAAAGAUGUUUUACAAUCACUCAAUAAUAGAGUAAUUUCAGAUGUGCUUGCUGGAAAAUGUUACCUUAAGAGAAAUUGUGCUACUACAAUAACUAGCUACAUCAACAUUGCAUUUUCUUUACUUUCCCACUUACACUACCGCCUUUAGAUAUAGUCAGUAUUGUUUUUAAAUAAAAAACACACACAUGCAUAUACCACAAUACAUUAAAUAUAACAUUUGAAAAAAUCACAUAAAAUAUAGGAACAAUACUGAGAUGGUGGCUUUGGA